CUGCAACAAACCUCGCCCCCCCUCCCCGCGUCAGCUGCCCAUCCAUGUGCGACGGCAUCACCGAGACCUCCCCUUGCAGCUUGGAACCGGGAUGAGCUUCGGGAAUCGCUGAGUCAAGAUGUCUGACGCGGAUUUUCGAGCUGUCACCAAGAGCCAGCAGGAGCGGAACGCGGCUGCGGCGGCCAAGAAGGGCUCGCGAGGGAUCGAGGCUGCCGCCCAACGCACCGACUCGACGCGCCAGAAGCUCACCGACAACGCAGACAGAGACCUCUACGAAAAAGAUGCUGGCGACAAAUAUGCUGGAUACCACACUUCCCUUCCCAUGGGUGAUGACGAUGAUGACGCGCCUGAAGACACCACGCGCCGCCUCGUCGGCCAGUACACGGCUUCCCGAGAAAUGAUUGACGAGUUUGCUCGCGGCGAUGGUGUUGAAGAGGAAGACAUCCUGGCAAACCGAGGCGAGAAAAGCGGCCGCAUCAUCGACCGCGAGACCGACUAUCAGAAGCGUCGGUUCAACCGUGUCCUCACGCCGACAAGGGCCGAUCCGUUCGCGGAGAAUCGACAGGCCGGGGCUGCCGAAAAUGGCACGACGUACCGCGAGAUCAUGGAGAGUCAGGAGCUCGACAGGGAGGAGGAACGCGUGCGACGCGCGAUUCAAGCCAAGCAGGCCGAGAACGAGGCGACCGAGAAUGGCGAGCUCCGACCCACCUUGCAGCAUCCUGACAAAGAGAAUGAAGAUGCUGGGUCUACAGAAGCCGUCACUGCUGGUCGAAAGCGCAAGAAGAGAUGGGACGUCUCGUCGGCCCCCAACGAUGAAAAGCCCCAGGCCGAGGCUGCCGCCGCGCCGACAAAGCGAUCUCGGUGGGACGAGAUCCCUACUUUACCCGAAAAGCAACGUUCUCGAUGGGAUCAGGCACCUUCAGCGACGCCGAUGGCCAACUCUGGCCAGGCGACGCCGGCACCGGCUUCUCAGAUCCCCAGCUUACCCGUUGCGUUUGGGACCGAUGCCGGUCGUAGCUUUGGCAUCAGCGACGAGGAGCUUGACCUUCUCCUCCCAGGAGAGGACCAAGGCUACAAGAUACUGGAAUUUCCCCCUGGAUUUGUGCAGCUGCGAGCGCCAUCACAUCGGGCCAUGGCCACUCCUGCGCCCGCGAGUGGUUUCAUGAUGCAGGAUCCGGACCAAGUGCGUCUUGGCGGUGCCCCGAUGGCCGCAGAGAUCAGCGGUGUCGGUGAUUUGCAGUUUCUGAAGCCUGAAGAUAUGAACUACUUUGGCAAGCUGAACGACGGCGCCGACGAGAGCUCCCUGUCCGUGGACGAAUUGAAGGAGAGAAAGAUCAUGAAACUUCUCCUCAAGAUCAAGAACGGAACGCCACCGAUGCGCAAGACUGCACUACGACAAAUCACCGAUAAUGCACGCCAGUUUGGCGCGGGGCCAUUAUUUGCUCAGAUCUUGCCUCUGCUCAUGGAGAAGACCCUCGAAGAGCAGGAGCGCCAUUUGCUUGUCAAAGUCAUCGAUCGUAUCCUGUACAAGCUGGACGAUUUGGUUCGGCCAUAUGUGCAUAAGAUCCUCGUCGUCAUCGAGCCGCUGCUCAUCGACCAAGACUACUACGCACGAGUCGAAGGUCGAGAGAUCAUCUCCAACGUGGCCAAGGCGGCGGGUCUCGCGACCAUGAUUAGCGUCAUGAGACCGGACAUCGACAACGUUGACGACUACGUGAGGAACACCACUGCGAGAGCAUUUGCAGUUGUGGCAUCUGCGCUUUCUAUCCCGGCUCUGCUCCCGUUCCUUAGAGCGGUAUGCGGAAGCAAGAAGUCGUGGCAUGCCCGGCACACCGGUGUCAAGAUUGUCCAGCAGAUUGCUAUUCUCAUGGGCUGCGCAAUUUUGCCACACUUGAAGGGCCUGGUCGACUGCAUCGCGCCGAACCUGAAUGAUGAGCAAACAAAGGUGCGCACAGUGACCAGUCUCGCCAUCGCUGCGCUGGCUGAAGCAUCCAACCCAUAUGGUAUCGAGAGCUUCGACGAAAUCCUCAACCCUCUCUGGACGGGCGCGCGAAAGCAGCGCGGCAAGGGCUUGGCCGGAUUUCUUAAAGCCGUUGGCUUCAUCAUCCCGUUGAUGGAUGAGGAGUACGCCAACUACUAUACGACGCAAAUUAUGGAGAUUCUUCUGAGGGAAUUCUCGUCGCCCGACGAAGAAAUGAAGAAGGUGGUUCUCAAAGUGGUCUCGCAGUGCGCAGCAACCAAGGGAGUGGCCGCCAACUACCUCAAGGACCAUGUUCUGGACGAUUUCUUCAAGAGUUUUUGGGUGAGACGUAUGGCGCUGGACAAGCGCAACUACAAGCAAGUCGUGGAAACAACUGUCGACAUUGGCCAGAAGGUGGGAGUGAGCGAGAUCCUUGAGAGGAUCGUCGACAACCUCAAAGAUGAAAGCGAACCUUAUCGCAAGAUGACGGUCGAGACAAUCGAGAAGAUCAUCAGCAGUCUGGGUGCGGCGGACGUGGACGAGCGCCUGGAAGAGCGACUUGUGGAUGGCAUUCUCUACGCGUUCCAAGAGCAGACGGUUGAGGACAUCGUGAUCCUAAACGGAUUUGGCUCCGUGGUCAACGCCCUUGGAGACCGUUGCGGUCCCUUCCUGCCGCAGAUUACGAGCACUAUCCUGUGGCGCCUGAACAACAAGUCGCCCACGGUCAGACAGCAAGCGGCGGAUCUGAUCUCUCGCAUUGCCAUGGUCAUGAAACAAUGCGGCGAAGACGAGCUGAUGGGCAAGCUUGGCGUGGUGCUCUACGAGUACCUCGGCGAGGAAUAUCCAGAGGUACUCGGCUCCAUUUUGGGUGCGCUACGAUCAAUUGUUACCGUCGUGGGCAUUGCUCAGAUGCAACCACCCAUCAAAGAUCUCCUGCCGCGUCUCACCCCAAUUCUCCGCAAUCGUCACGAGAAGGUGCAGGAGAACACCAUCGAUUUGGUCGGACGUAUCGCGGAUCGCGGACCCGAGAGCGUCAACGCGCGAGAGUGGAUGCGCAUCUGCUUCGAGCUCCUGGACAUGCUCAAAGCACACAAGAAGGGUAUCCGGCGAGCCGCCAACAACACAUUCGGUUUCAUUGCCAAGGCCAUCGGCCCCCAGGAUGUCUUGGCCACGCUGCUGAGCAACCUCCGAGUUCAGGAGCGACAGUCGCGAGUCAACACGGCCGUCGCCAUCGGCAUCGUCGCAGAGACCUGCGCGCCCUUCACCGUGCUUCCUGCGCUUAUGAACGAGUACCGGGUGCCCGAGCUCAACGUGCAAAACGGCGUGCUCAAGGCGCUGUCAUUCCUCUUCGAGUACAUUGGCGAGAUGGGCAAGGACUACGUCUAUGCUGUUACGCCUUUGCUCGAGGACGCGCUCAUCGAUCGCGACCAGGUCCACCGUCAGACUGCAGCGUCGGUCGUCAAGCACAUUGCUCUCGGCGUCGUGGGCCUUGGCUGCGAGGAUGCCAUGGUCCAUCUCCUCAACCUUCUGUACCCGAACCUGUUCGAAACAAGCCCGCACGUCAUUGAUCGCAUCAUCGAAGCCAUCGAGGGCAUCCGCAUGGCUGUCGGACCCGGCGUGGUGCUCAACUAUGUCUGGGCCGGCCUCUUCCACCCGGCCAGAAAGGUCCGUACGCCGUACUGGCGGCUCUACAACGAUGCCUACAUCCAGGGCGCAGACUCCAUGGUUCCAUACUACCCGAACCUGGAAGAGGAAACGUUGGAUAGGUCGGAGCUGGGUAUUCUGCUGUAAUUUUGGGGAGUGAGCCGGAUCGAGGCGAAAGGCUCUCCGUCGGAGGGAAAGGUGUUAUGGACAUAAUGUAUGAGUUCGGGGAGCCGGAAAGAUCGGGGGGCUAUCUCGGGGGCUGCACGAAGAUGGCGCGGCAUGGCAUUCGCAACCGGCGUUGGGAUUAGGCAGCCUGUUAUGUAGAAUGUUUGUACAACGUACCUACGAUGUUUUUCUUCCUCGAGGUGCAGCGAGCCCCCUGUCCCUCUCCCUUUGUGUCGCGUUGCGCGGCCUCGUUGGUGGUCGCAUAGCCAAGGCAGGACUGUCAUGCUGAGAGCUUUUGCCUCGUCGUCAUUUCUUGCGCCUUGUGUCAACCUCGGCUGCCUCCGAAGAAUCCGUCCGUCCCUGUGGAGGCUCAAUCAACCUGCCCAGCCUGUCUGCGCCCCCCCCCUUCCUUCCGUAUCUGGCCCGCCCGCGAUCAAGGGGGGCCAUGCCAUGCCCAUGCCAUGCCACGGGUCGUACAGCAGCACCAGCAGGAGCAACAGCAUGGAGACUGCACAGGAUAAGAUGGCAGAUGGCAGCGCAGGA